AUGUCUCAAAAGAAACAACUGUCAAAUGUUUCAAAAGAACUUGGUUGUACCCUAAUGAAGUUGCCGAGUAGGACGAUUCUUUUGAGGGAGAAAAACUUCCAGGAUUACGGGAACUUGUUUCGGCAAUGGAAGUAUCCUGUAUUGCAGAAGAGUUCUUCUUAGCGGCUAAAGACGAAAUUCAAAUAUGCUCUGGUUUCUUUGACCCAGCAGAUCCAAAACGGGGAGAAAAGGCAAGAGACGAGAUUUUGAAGAAUCGUGAGGGCAUUUCUACGGAAUCAACACCAGCAAAGCAAUUGCACGUGGAAGACUUGGACGAAGAGGAGGAUCAAACCACAAAGGAACCACUCAUUAAAUCGGAAAACGAGGCGUUACGAUUUUCUGAAAUGCUACUGGAAUACUCCCGAUAUCAUGGACAAGAGGACCUUACGUUGGCCAUUAGCAAGGCAACCAACUUGCUCCAGAAAAUGAAGUUUUAA